GACCUAAGCCCCGCCCCUCCGGGGGCGGAGUCACGGCUCGCAACUGGCCUAAGUCGCCGCAGGACACCAUGAAGCAGCUGCCCAUCUUGGAACCUGGAGACAAGCCCAGGAAAGCAUCAUGAAAUGAGUAAACUAAAGUUCAGAAAGGUUAAAUGACUUCCCAAAGGUCACACAUCUAGGAAGUACCUGAGCUGGAAUUCGAACCAGAUCUGUCUGAAUUCACACACCAUGUUCACAGCCACCAUCCUGUGCCAAGACACAUCACUGAACAUUUCUGGAGGUACACCUUGACUCUCCAAGGAGACAGCCCCUGUGCUCGAGUUGGCCACAGCUGUUCAUAUUUACCCCCAGUUGGUAAUGCCAAGAGAGGGAAGGUCUUCAUUGUUGGGGGAGCAAAUCCAAACAGAAGCUUCUCAGAUGUGCAUGCCAUGGAUCUCGGAAAACACCAGUGGGACUUAGUUACCUGCAAGGGCCUCUUGCCCCGGUAUGAACAUGCUAGCUUCAUUCCCUCCUGCACACCUGACAGUAUCUGGGUAUUUGGAGGUGCCAACCAAUCAGGAAAUCGAAAUUGUCUACAAGUCCUGAAUCCUGAAACCAGGACAUGGACCAUGCCAGAAGUGACCAGCCCCCCACCAUCCCCAAGAACAUUCCACACAUCAUCAGCAGCCAUUGGAAACCAGCUGUAUGUCUUUGGGGGCGGAGAGAGAGGUGCCCAGCCCGUGCAGGAUGUGAAGCUGCAUGUGUUUGACGCAAGCACUCUGACCUGGUCACAGCCAGAGACACUUGGAAAUCCUCCAUCCCCCCGGCACGGUCAUGUGAUGGUGGCAGCAGGAACAAAGCUCUUCAUCCAUGGAGGCUUGGCAGGGGACAAAUUCUAUGAUGAUUUCCACUGCAUUGAUAUAAGUGACAUGAAAUGGCAGAAGCUAAGUCCCACUGGGGCUACUCCAGCAGGCUGUGCUGCCCACUCAGCUGUGGCUGUGGGAAAACACUUGUACAUCUUUGGUGGAAUGACUCCUGCAGGAGCACUGGACACAAUGUACCAGUAUCACACAGAAAAGCAGCAUUGGACUUUGCUUAAGUUUGACACUUUUCUACCCCCUGGACGAUUGGACCACUCCAUGUGUAUCAUUCCAUGGCCAGUGACAUGUGCGUCUGAGAAAGAAGAUUCCAAUUCUCUCAGUCUGAACCAUGAAGCUGAGAAAGUGGAUUCAGCUGACACAGUAAUGACCCACAGUGGUGACUCACAUGAGGAAAGCCGGGCUGAUACACUGCUGUGUUUUGUGUUUGGUGGGAUGAAUACAGAAGGGGAAAUUUAUGAUGAUUGUAUUGUGACUGCAGUUGACUAAUAAAACCCACGUUUUUAUUACCUGUCA